AGCAUUCAACUGACAUUAUUGCAUCUUUUGUAAAAAUAAAAAAGGAAAAGUGAAUUCAGCGUUGCUGCAUCUAUAGGAAAUAUUUCACCACAGUGCCCGAUAAGUUAACUUCCUCUUUUUAACACACGAUUAUUCACAUCAACAGAAGCAUCACGUAAACGAGACUACAAGUUGUUAGAUUUCCUCCACAACGAAGUGAGCCUUACUAUUGCAAUUAUGGACGAUGAUUUUCUUGACGACAUUAUACUACUCACGAUUGUGACGCUUCUAAGCGCCUUGCAGAAUGUAUUUUUUGCUCAUAAGGUGGAACUAGAAUGCAAAACUCAGACCUCAAGAAGUUUCAUGAGGACAGGGAGCCCUUCAUUUGAACGUGUUUACUGUGCAAAUCAAAAUUGUAUGGAUGCCUACCCAACAUUCAUUGCAGUCUUAUGGAGUGCUGGGGUAUUCUGUAGUCAAGCUCCUGCUGCUUUUGCAGGUUUGAUUUAUCUGUUUGUACGACAGAAAUACUUCAUUGGUUACUUGGGGGAAACUCCACAGAGCACCCCUGGUUACAUAUUUGGAAAGCGCAUCAUUUCCUUCUUGUUCUUCAUGUCUGUGAUUGGCAUCCUCAACAAUGUUUUCAUUGACUAUGUGGGAAGUGAUUUUAGGGCAUAUGUACAGACUCUGACAAAGGCAUUUUCUGCACUGUUGCUCAUUCCGUAAAGCAAAAAUGUAAAACAUAAUUAAUAAUUAACCUCGUAAAUGGUACAAACUUGCCAUUCCUUAUUCAUAAGGGAGGGAGCUUAAUUGUACAAAUCUGUGCAAAGCAAUCUUUCUUUAGACUGCUUCCUUAAAAUUAUUUCUGGAUCUAAUGCUUUAAAAUGCUAAAUAAUUUGAAUGCCUUUCAAGAUGUUUUUAAAACUGUAUAAAUAAAAUCUUCUCAAGUC